AUGAUAAGAGACCGCAGAAAGAUUGAAAAUAAAGGAAAUCGAGCGCCAAAAAAGGUACAACAAGCCGUCCGUUCUGUUGCCACGGGCCGUGCGAAAAGAGAUGCUGCAAUCAAAGCAAAGAGAGGUAUUAGCACGACCAAAAAGGCAACCGAUAUGCAAAUAGACCAAGAAGUCAAAAGGCAGGCCCAAAAAGCAGCAGUGGCUGUGAAGAAAAGAAUCGGGAAGAAAUUGCCCGCUGGACGACCGAGAGCCAACAAAACGCAGAGGAAAGCUACGCCGAAGAACAAGAGCAAGGAUGGCAAUGCUCCAGCAGCAGAUGCUGUAUUUGGCGGAAGAGUUCCUUCGAAAAAAGCUAUUGAAGCCGCAGUAAAGGGAAUGAAAGAUGCUGGUUUUGGUGUUCCACCCGGUCAUCAGAUUGUUAUGACGUUCAUUCCUUCAGGUCCGUCUGAAUUAACCAAGAGCCAAAGCUCUCUAGGGAAGGACACGGGGAAGAUGACGCGAGGUCGUGGUUCUAGAAGAGGCAAAUAG